AUGGUUUUCGCUGCAGGAUCAUUGACGCGCUUGUCGCAGAUCGUGCUGCGCGCGCCCGUUUCCGCCGCUGCUCCUACCGUUCGUCGUUUCGCCUCGUUCGUUCCUGUUGCCGCUUCCGCUGACUCUGCGAACAAGGUCUCGGUCGUCAACGGCAUCCCAAUGCUACGACUUGCGAUCGGCGCCCACCCCGUCACGGCUUUCACGCUUGUGCCCGGCACUACGAUCGGCUCGCUCGCCAAAAAUAUCGCUGAUGAGCUUGGCGCAAAAGAUCCGAUACAGGUUGCGCUUGCGGACGGAACUCCGUUCUCCAGCUCGUCGGAUGUCCGCAUUCUCACAAAGACCCCGUUCAAGGUGGUUUCUGGCCAACGCCAGGCUGAUAUCAGCGUUUCGGAGGCAACAACAGCUGCUGCCCUCCAUUCAGACAAGCUCAACCCCGAACUCGCGUCUGCAAUCAAGCGCAUGCAACACGUGCUUGAUGUUGACAAGGAGAUUGAGGACAAAAAGAUUGAACUCGCGACGACGAUCGGAAACAUCUCUUCCGAGCUUGCGCCGCUGCAAAAGGUCAAGGACGAGCUCGAUGUGAAGGCUGCCGCUCACACCAACCGCUUGGCAUGGUUUGGUCUUGCCGCCAUGUCGUUCCAGUUUGGCGUGCUCGCCCAGUUGACGUGGUUUGAGUAUUCCUGGGAUAUUGUCGAACCCAUCACCUACUUUGUGACAUACUCGGCUGUCAUUGGCGCGUACGCGUACUACGUGCUGACCAAGUCGAAUUACGAGUUCACUGGCGUCCAGGAGCGCAAGUGGCUCCAGUUCUUGCAUUCCCAGGGACCAAAGCGAGGCCUUGAUAUUCAGCGCUACAAUCACCUGCGAGACUCACUCGCUGCCGCCGAGGCCAAGCUCGCUCAGCUGAAGACUAUUCAUUCCGAUUAA